AUGGAAGCAGUUAAGGAGUCUGUCAAGCUGGCAUUCAGGAAAAGAGCUUCAGACAGCAGAGUCCUGACAUGUGCGGCCGUGUGGAGGAUGCCGAAGGAAUUGGAAUCAAGCAGCCAUGAGUCCCCGGACGAUUCAUCCAGCACCGCGCAGACCCUGGAGCUGCUCUGUCACCUUGACAACACAGCCCACGGCAACAUGGCCUGUGUCACAUGGGAGCCGAUGGGAGAUGGGAAGAAAAUAAUUUCACUGGCUGAUAACCACAUCCUGCUGUGGGAUUUACAGGAGAGCUCAAGCCGGGCUGUGCUGGCCAGCUCGGCAUCCCUGGAAGGGAAGGGACAGCUGAAAUUCACCUCUGGCCGGUGGAGCCCGCAUCACAACUGCACGCAGGUGGCCACGGCGAGUGACACGACCCUGCGUGGGUGGGACACGCGGACCAUGAGCCAGAUAUACUGCAUCGAGAAUGCCCACGGACAGCUGGUGCGGGACCUCGACUUCAAUCCCAAUAAGCAGUACUACUUGGCCAGCUGCGGGGAUGACUGUAAGGUGAAGUUCUGGGACACCCGAAAUGUCACGGAACCUGUGAAGACCCUGGAGGAGCACUCCCACUGGGUGUGGAACGUCCGCUACAACCACUCUCAUGACCAGCUGGUCCUCACAGGCAGCAGUGACAGCAGGGUCAUCCUGUCCAACAUGGUAUCCAUCUCCUCGGAGCCCUUCGGCCACCUGGUGGACGAUGAGGAUGUCAGCGACCAGGAGGAGCACCAUCCCGAAGAGAAGAAUAAGGAGCCCUUGCAGGACAACGUCAUCGCGACCUACGAGGAGCACGAGGACAGUGUGUACGCCGUGGAGUGGUCCUCGGCGGAUCCCUGGCUCUUUGCCUCCCUGAGUUAUGACGGGCGGCUGGUCAUCAACAGGGUCCCCAGGGCUCUGAAAUACCACAUACUGCUCUGAUGCGCUUGCUGGCCCUCCUGGCUUGUCCCCUUGGCAGAUUCUUGAAAACGUGCAGCUAUUUGGAGGUGAUUAGUGUUCCAAGUACACCCUGAGAGAACUGACCCUGCCUUGUUCCUGCUCGAGCAUGUGCACUGCUGACACCGGGGCAGGUGGACGCUGUGCAGGGGACGCCAUUCUAGGAGUCCAUGUCUGCCCGCCACUGCUCGGGCUCUGUUUUCUGUUUUAAGGCUGUUGGGAGUUUUACUUUUUUAAAAAAAUUCUGUUCCCACAAUAUUAUCUUUCUCUUUCCCUUGAGAUUAAAAAUG